AUGAGUUUGCUGAUCGCCCUUACGGCUGUUUUGGCCGUAGCUUCGGCACAGACAGCCACUAACAGAUUCCCUGACGACUUUAUGUUUGGGGCUGUAACCUCCGCGUAUCAAGUCGAAGGAGCCUGGAAUGAAGACGGUAAACGAGAGAGCAUUCAGGACUACGUCUUCCACAACCAUCCUAAAUACACCACACGAGACACUGGGGACGUCGCCUGCGAUUCUUACCACAAGUACCAGGAGGACGUGCAGAUGCUGAGGGCACUCAACGCUGGUAUCGACUACUACAACAACCUCAUCAACGAGCUACUCGCCAACGGAAUUCAGCCUCUGGUGAAAUGGUGGAUCACAAUCAAUGCUCCAGCUGGUUUCGUAAACGGCUACGCGGUGAACGAAGUGGCCCCCGCUCAGCCAGCAUCGGGCAUCGGCGACUACCUGGCAAUACACACGGUCAUCAAAGCCCACGCACGGGUCUGGCACCUGUACAACGAACAGUACAGAGCCUCGCAGAACGGUAUUGUGGGAAUUACUUUUGAAAUAGAUGGACUUGAACCACUAACUAGACAGAGGAUGCAGAGGCUGCUGAAAGAGCACGACAGUUUCAGAGCUAAGUACUGGCUGUACGAGGUGGAUUUCAACAGUCCAAACCGGACGAGGACGCCCAAGGAUUCAGCCGGAUUCAUGGCGGAAGUCUUCAGCAGCAAGCAGUUGCCCAACCAGUAG